GCGCCAAACACGUCCUUAAAACACUUAGAGAAGAAACUAAGAAGGAAACGCUUUUACCCUCUCUUCUUCUUCCAAAUCGUCUCUGUAGAUUGGAUCUGCUGAGUAGGGUGGUGCAAUGUCUCGCUACGAGUCUCCUUCCUUUGACGACGGCGAGGUUAAUCCUUUUGCGAAUCCUUCAACUGUUCCUGCUGCAACGUCACAGUAUGACCGUGGUGGUGCCACAACUGACAUCCCUCUAGACUCUGCUGGGAAGGAUCUGAAAGCUAAGGAGAAGGAACUCCAGGCCAAAGAAUCUGAAUUGAAGAGACGGGAGCAGGAACUCAAGCGGAAAGAGGAUGCUAUAGCACAGGCCGGGAUUGUGAUAGAAGACAAAAACUGGCCACCGUUUUUCCCUCUCAUCCACCAUGACAUCUCUAAUGAGAUACCCAUCCAUCUGCAGAGAAUCCAAUAUGUUGCAUUCACAUCGUUGCUGGGUCUUGUGGUGUGCCUGUUAUGGAACAUUGUGGCAGUCACCACCGCGUGGAUUAAGGGAGAAGGUCCAACGAUAUGGUUUCUAGCUAUUAUCUAUUUCAUAUCAGGGGUUCCUGGAGCAUAUGUUAUGUGGUAUCGACCUCUAUAUCGUGCCAUGAGGACUGAUAGUGCUCUGAAGUUUGGGUGGUUUUUCUUCACUUAUCUGUUUCACAUAGGGUUUUGUGUAUUCGCCGCGGUGGCUCCUCCAAUCAUCUUCAAGGGGAAAUCGCUGACGGGAAUAUUGCCGGCGAUUGACGUGUUGAGCGGGAAUAUAUUGGUUGGGAUUUUCUAUUUCAUUGGGUUUGGAUUCUUCUGCCUGGAGUCACUCGUGAGCAUCUGGGUUAUUCAGCAAGUGUACAUGUACUUCAGGGGGAGCGGUAAAGCAGCAGAGAUGAAGCAGGAGGCAACAAGACGAGCAAUGAUGGCAGCUCUCUGACUACACACCUUUGAGUCUUAACCCUGAAGAUAACAUACAAACAGAUCCUUUCCUUUUUCAAUCUUUUUUUUUAACUUUAUUUAACUAAGUGUAACCAAAACUUUUGAUUUCUUUUUUAACCGUAUUCUGAUUACUUUAUUUAAAGAACCCCAAAAUGCUAAGUUCAUAAAUACGCAAUGUUUGGAUA